AACCUUAAAGUUCACAUGAGGAUUCACACUGGAGAGAGUCCAUUUAUCUGCCAAAAGUGUGGAAAAAGUUUUACUCAACAUGGAAACCUUAAAGUUCACAUGAGGAUUCACACUGGAGAGAACCCUUUCACCUGCCAACAGUGUGGAAAAAGUUUCAAUCGUAAAGUAAGUCUUGAGAGGCAUAUAAGAAUUCACACUGGAGAGAAGCCUUACACCUGCCAACACUGUGGGAAAAGUUUUGCUCGACAUGGAAACCUUAAAGCCCACGUGAAAAUUCACACUGGUGAGAGCUCUUUUACCUGCCAAGAGUGUGGAAAAAGUUUCAAUCAAAAAGCAGUCCUUAACAGCCACAUGAGAAUUCACACUGGAGAAAAGCCUUACACAUGCUCUCAAUGUGGAAAAAAUUUCAGUCAACAUGGAAACCUUAAAGCCCACAUAAAAAUUCACACUGGGGAGAGCCCUUUUAUCUGCCAACAGUGUGGACAAAGUUUCAAGCAUAAAGUAAGCCUUAUAAAGCACAUGAGAAUUCACACAGGAGAAAAGCCUUACACAUGUCAGCAGUGUGGUGAGAGUUUUGCUCAGCAUGUAAACCUUAAGGUCCACAUGAGAGUUCACACUGAAGAGAACCCUUACACAUGCCUUCAGUGUGGUGAGAGUUUUGCUCAACUUGGAAACCUUAAAGUCCAUAUGAGAGUCCACAAUGGAGAGAAGCCUUACACAUGCCAGCAGUGUGGUGAAACUUUUGCACAACGUGUAAACCUUAAAGCCCACAUGAAAUUACACAAUGGAGAGAGUCCCUUCACCUGCCAACAAUGUGGAAAAAGUUUAGCUCAUAAAGGAAGCUUUAACGUCCACAUGAGAAUUCACACUGGGGAGAAGCCUUACACCUGCCAACAGUGUGGAAAGAGUUUCACUCAAAAAGGAAGCCUUAACUGGCACAUGACUCUUCACACUGGACAAAAGCAUUACACCUGCCCCGAGUGUGGAAAGAGUUUUGCUCAUCAUGGAAACCUUAAAGUCCACAUGGUAAUUCACACUGGAGAGAGCCCUUUCACCUGCCAACAGUGUGGAAAAUGUUUCACUCGUAAAUAAAGUAUCGACAGGCACAUGAGAAUUCACACAGGAGAGAAGCCUUACACAUGCCAACAGUGUGGAAAGAGUUUUGCUCAACCUGGAAACCUUAAAGCUCACAUGAAAGUUCACACUUAAAAGAGUCCCUUCAGCUGCCAACAGUGUGGACAAAUUUUCAAUCAUGAAGGAAUCCUUAACAGGCGCAUGAGAAUUCACACUGAAGAAAAGCUUUACACUUGCCAUUAAAGUGUAUAAGUUCUGCUCAAAAAGGAAACCUUAACAGGCACACAAGAAUUCACACAGAAUAUAACUCAAUAUGGAAACUCUAGAGUACCCAUACAGUUUCUCACAGAAGUGAGUACACCCCUCACAUUUUUGUAAAUA